AUUUACUUGGAAUCAAGUAUCUCAGUGUCUCCGGCCCUGGGUUUGGAGGGACUGAGCGCUGCCCCUGGGGAAGGCGCGGCAGAAGGAUCCGUCUUCCUCGGCGUUGCCUCGGGCUGCCUGCCCGCUGCGAGACCCGGGCACCGACGGCUGGGAGUGUGGGGCGGGGAGCGGCAGCAGCGUGCCGGGGGGGGCCCGUGCCGUUCCGGCCGCACGGGGGCGCUGCGGGGGGCGGUGCCGCUCCGCCAUUGGCCGCGAGGAGCCCGGCCCCGCCCCGCGGCGUCCCCGAGCUCUCGUGUCCUAGCAACGGCGCGGGACGCGUGCGGCGGCAGCGGGCAGCACCGAGCGCUGCCCCCGGGGCUGGCGCUGCCAUGAGCGGCCCUCGGCCGGGGUUUCUUUCAACCUACAACAGCCUUACGGACAAACACCUGGCUGGAUACUUCAGCAAUGCCCGGAUCAGGCGACAUCUUCAGAGAUCAGGACUGAUCUCAAGGAGCGGAAGAAUAAUACCAGAGAAAGAAUACCGGCUAAAUGCUAUGAGGAGGGAUCACCAGAGAUACGUACAGGAGUGCCUGGCUCGGGCCGUGUUUCUGAAGGUCCUUGACAUGGAGAGCCGUAGGCACCCAGUGACCGCACAACACGCAGUGUGUCAUCAUCUGGAAGUAAGAAGGAAACUUGAAAAUCCUGUGAGGAAGGAGAGGGUGCAGAAAAUCAAGAUGGAAAGAUCCAGACGAUCCAUGGAAGAUGCUAACUAUAUGCAUUCCCCACACCCACCGCUUGGUCCCAGAAAUCGUUAUGGACGCCGUCCUUUAGUGGCUGGAGAACCAGCUGCUCAUUCACAAUUGAGGGCUCCUGGACUUGUAGUUGAUUAUAGCAGUGGACAUCCUCAUCAACGUGGAUCCAAGGAGUCAGCUUUUUUUAAGGCAGCUUCUUCCCAUAGACCAAAUACAGCUCCAGGAAAUAUGCAAUACCCACUUCGACUUCAGCCGCUCCGCAGCUGCACUGCAGCGGGGACUGUUCCAAAGAGUUCAGGCUCUAAGCAAAAGUACCACACACUUGAAAAUUAUCAGCAAUUCGCUAGUGGGCGGGAGAGAAGUGGUUUAAGAUUUAGGAACUCAAUGGAACACGCGACUAGUAAAUCUCCAUACCGACUCCCUGUCAUUAACAACUGUCUGGUACCAGUGCCACCUCCUACUCUGCAAAAAGGAGACAGGAAUGUAAAGGCAGUGAGAGGUGGGAUGCCCAGGAGGAGACAAUUUCGUCCCACCACUGCACCAAAUGGCUUAGAGCAACUUUUAACAAAAAAUUCUGGAGAAUUCCUUAAACCCUCGUUACGCAGCAAUGCAUUUGUUACCAUGAUCUUUCUGGGGAAAAGUGUGCAUUUAUCUCACGAUGAUUCUGAUUAUAGAGAUGAAAUCAAAGUCUGUCAGCAGCAUUGUGGAGGAGAAAACCUUUGUGUCUAUAAAGGCAAGCUGCUGGAAGGAGAGACCUUUCAGUUCGUCUCCAAGAGGCACCAUGGAUUCCCAUUCAGUCUCACCUUUUUUCUCAAUGGGAUGCAAGUGGACAGGCUGAGCUCUUGCUGUGAGUACAGACAGCAGAAGCGUUCCAGGCUUGGAGGCAGACAUGGAUACUUUGGAUUUCUCAAUGUGGAGGGAGCAUCUCCUUGCUAUAGGUGCAUUAUUGCAACGGGUCUGGAUAAAAAGCCAUCCCCUCCCAAGAGGGAGACAGAGGAGGACUGUGAGGAAAAGCAAGUGGGUUCCUGGAAAGAUGGAGUCCGCAGUGAGCCGAGUGGUAGCAGUGUGGAUCGGAAACCAAGCAAAGAAUCAGUGCUAAUCAUCUUACCAAGUCAUGAAGCAGAUGUGGAAACUGUUGAGGACAAAAUGGAGACAAGACAGGAUUACAGAAAAGAAGAAGGGACAAAACUAUCCAAUUGUGAGAAUGAAGAUAGUCAGGAAGAUACUGGUAAAAAUGAGUAUAGUGAAGAUUUUGAAGCAGAUGAAGUUAAUGAAGAAGGACAGACUGGUGAUCAAAGGAAUGGAAUGUCAAAGUCAUCUCCAGAUGAUGAAGAAGGUAAUUUAGACUAUGAAAAGGAGAGUAAUAAUGCAUCACAGAAGGCACUGCAGGCCUCUGACAGUGAGAAAGAUGAAAGUGAUGGAUCUUCUGACAGUACCUCAGAGGAUGGCAAACAAGACAGGAGCUCUGCACGCUCUCUGUCAUCCACCAGCACUCAGUAUAGCAGUGAAGAGGACUCUGAUGCUGAAAAGAUGAAUGAAAAUGUUAAGGGCAAAGAGGAGUAUGAUAUCAAAGAAGCAUCUGAUAACCCAGCACAUGCACAAUAUGGAAAUGAGAAUGGGGAAAAUAAACCGUUCAGAAGAGAGGACAGUCAGGAAACUUCCUCUUUGGAAGAAGAAGGAACGGAUGAAGCAGAAAAGACAAAAACAGAAGCUCUGACAUCAAGGGAAAAUACUGAAACUUUUCCUGAAAGCAUAAUGGCAAUACAGCAUCAAAGUCCUGAUGUUACUGGGGAAAGGAAACAGGCCGGGUCAGCAGAAAGUAACAUAAGGGGAGAAGAAGAGAAAGCAAGUGAUAGAAGGGACAGUGGGGAGGAAAAUGUGCCGGUGCCUUUGGAAAACAGCAUGAUGGAAGUGGAGGAUAGAAAUGAAGGCUCUCCUCAGAGUGAUGAAGGAGGCGUUUCUGAAGAUGGUAAAUCGGUGCAGGAGGAGAUAACAGAGGCAGUGGGAAAUGACCAUCAUGUGGCUUCCGCACCCGAUUCUUGCGUGGAUGAGAAAGUAGAGAAUGCAAUGAGUGCAGAGCGUGAUCCCAGCGAAGCUUGCACCACCAGCCAGCUCCAGCAGCCACAUGUAACUGAUGUGCUCUCAGCAGUUACAGUGAGCCUGGCAGCAGCCACUGGAGCUGUCCUGGCAGAUGGAACAGGAGCACCUGGCAUGCAGGCAGCAGCAGAGGAAGUGGCACAUGUGGGGCAGGACGGUGGGGGGGAGGACGAGGGGCACACUGCUGAGCAAGGGCACGCAGGCACUGACUGCACUGGGCAUGGAGUGGCACAGGCAGGAGAGCCACAGCCUGAGGGAGAGGCAGCAGCUGUAGUGCAUGCAGGACAUCUGCUUGGGGAUGGCUCAGCACCUGCUAGGGGGGCAAUGGCAGAAGGCAAUGAUGAGGAGAAGGAACCAGGGAAGGGGACAGAGCCUGGUGCAGAGGCUGGGAACGAGGAUGCUCCCACGGGCGUGGUGGAGAACACCGGGCCAGGGAGGGACCCAGCAGGUGAGGGAGAGGAGCAGGUGGGCAUGGGGGCACCACGGGGUGUGGGAGGAGCUGAGGAGGUCACUGGAGGAGAGAGGGUGGUGGGAGCAGCAGCGCCUGUGCUGGGGGCUGUAGGAGAUGUGGACCUGGCAGAAGGGAUUGCCAAGGUGGGUGGCUCUGCAGCAGUGUGGGCUGUAGAAAAAGCUGCUUUUGAAGGGCAGAAGGCUGUGGAGGAGCCUGGGGCUCUCCUGGGAACGUUAGGGGGUACAGAAUUUUGCACAGGAAAGGAAGAGAUCCUAAAGCCAAAUGAGUUUUCCCAGCUGGAAUUCUCAAGGGAAGAGCGGGCAGAGAUGGAUGCCCUUGGGACAGCAACAUCUGAGCCUGACAGACCCCCAGAGGGGGAAGGCAGCUCUCGGCCAAGGGCAGAGGAUGUGGAAGAGCCUGAGGACUCAGACAGGAGCCCUGUGUUACACAAAGCACCUGGGCAAGAGGCCAGGGUGGGUGCUGUAAGGGACCCUGGCAGUGGAGAGUCAUCUCCAUUGGAGCAGACAGUAAGAGAACGGGAUGAGGAGGGCUCAGCAAUAGUGGUUUUAAGUGGAAAUCUAUCUUUGGGCAGUGCUGCGGAGAAGGAUGGAGCAAUGGAAGAAGAACCUGAUGGCGUGGUGAUGGGGGUGUCUGGAGAGAGAGCCAGAGCUGAGUCAGGAGGUGGAGAGGUGAUGGGGGGAGCAGCAGAGCCACGAGAGGGGGUGGCUGUGGGACAGGGACUGCUACAGUGUGGUACAGAUGGGGAGCAGGCAGUGCUGGGAGAGGGGAGGCCUCUAAGCCAGGGGGUGAUGGGGUGCGAGGCCCUGGAGGCAGAACAGGGGAACGAGGCAGCAGCGGGGCCCCAGGGCAAGGGCUGCUUGGGGGGCUGGGGGCAGCAGCCUGCAGUGCCUGUAUCAGGGGCAGCCCAAGGGGCCACGGUGCCAGCAGGAGAGCAGAUUGAAGGGGAACGGCUGGAGCCGGGCCUUGGAGAAAGCACCCAGAGGAAACAGGCGGAGGCUGUGUUGGAAGGAGCUGCGGGCAGCUCUGGUGCCCAGGAACAGAGGAAGGGGAGUCCUGAGCAAUAGAGCGAGGAUGCUGUAAAUCUGGAUGCAGUUGUCAUGCCACAGGACAAGGAAGAGUCUGUCCUCUGCGCCGUUUUUCCAGCUCCCUCAGUGUUCCCACAGCAAUCACUGGUUUGUGUCCUUUGGAUGUUCUAUUUUACUCCGUGGUACCUCGGCCAUUGCUCACGUACCACAGCAGCUCUGCA